GUCUCUACUGGGGAAGCUGGUGAAUACGUGGAGGCCAAGGAUCAGAAAGCACCGCGCAAAGAUCGUCACGGUUUUGCUGAAGAGGUCGACCCAUUACGACUUCGGGAUAGACAAAGUCAACCAAUUCUAUGCUACCGGUGCGGAGAAUCCGCUAUGGCAUCGACCGGCAUGGCUUCUUGUGAUCAUUGUUCUUCGCACUGGCAUUUUGAUUGCCUCGAUCCACCGCUCAGUGGACCGCCGCUAUCGACCAAGAAGUGGAUGUGUCCACUGCAUGCCCACGAGCUGACGCCAACCUCGCGGAUCCCAAAGAACCCUCACAUCGUCGACGUCAGUCUGCGUCGCGGCUUCGCAAAUAACGGCGAUGUGGAUGUUGAGUUGGAGAGUGACGUCCAGGAGUCCACGGCAUCUGAGUCGGACAGCGACAUUGGCGAUGGCUCUCAGAUAAUGGCCAAGGCCGUUCACAUGCCCAGAGUCAAGUACCGACUUCCAGAAUCAGGCGUGGCUCUGGACUUCCUCGACACUUGCCGACGCAGCAAAGAGGUGGAAGGUCACAAAAUUCUCGAUGUCCUUACCGCUCGGCAAAACGGCGUCGUUCGACAAAGUUUGUUGCACGCCUUGAUCGAUGUCGUCUUGAACGAGCACGAGCAGGUAGUAGGAGAAGAGCAAGAGCGUUCUCAGCUGCUUGCUCUCAAGACUCUCAUGGCUGUCAAGGGCAAAGACCAACUCGUCAAGUUUUUGGCGGAGUAGAUGUGAUCAUGUGUGGCCAAUGACCAAGAGACAAUCACAACAAUGCACCUCGAGGUUUAGGGCUUUUGAACUAUCAUAGGAAGGUAUGUUGCUUAAGGACAUUACGCUCUUGCAAAACAGUGUAGGUCUUCUGGAAUGUAAAAUUAAAAUCAAUGACCGUG